AUGAACCUCGUCUUCAUACUUAUUCUAGUUCACUCGGCGCUGGCGCUCUCUCUUGUUAUUGACGACGAACAAAUUGAAAACCCCCGCCAGUACUUAUCGGACAGGCUCUCCAGAUCGUCUUUCAAGUCCAAAUUUAGGCAAUAUCUCCCAGACAAACCAAAAGGUCUAGUCGUCCCUGUCGUCCCUGGUAAAGCCAUUGGAGAGCUACCCAACACUCGCUACAGCAAAGCUAAACAGUAUGCUGCUCUAGAAAAAAUCCAUCAUUUUUGGUUUCCCAACCAAGAACAGGUCGAAAAAGACGCUGCUGAAGAAAACGACGUGGAUCAAGCCUCUAGUAGCAUCGCUGUAGACUCUUUCGAAGAUGUUACUCUUCAAAUCUUAGCAGCUUCGUAUACAACCACAAUGACCUUAUCAGCUUCCACAACUCAGGUUUCAACAUCUGCGGAACCUACUGCUUCUUUCAAUCCCAGUGUUACUGUUAGUCUGAAGAAAUCAUGGAUCAAGGAAUUCCUCUACUUCACCACUAAAGCACGUGCUGCAACUGUUGCCCAGAAGCAAAUUGACAGAGACAGGCUCUUGACCACGAACAUCAACAACUACCAGGAUACAACCUCAAAUGAGAACGAUCUCAAGAGAUGGACCAAGCUCAUAGUGGAACAAGGUAGAGCUGACAGCAGCUCUAAGUUUCAAGAUUAUAACUACAAGGAAUACGGUUUGGACCAUAAGGAUCCAAACAAUUUUACUCCCAAAAACGAGAUUGAACUUAAUAUUGAAGAAUUCAUAAGUUAUUUAGUAAACUUCCAAGGGUUUCAAGAGAAGGACUUGAAAUUCUUGAGACAGAAAGGCUUGGACUACGGAUUGGUCGAAAUAGAAAAGGAGCUUAACAAGAUAAAGGACUUGGAGCGCGAUCUGAACAACAGAAUAAUUGACAUCGGAGGAGAAGAAGAUAUGCUCAAUGGGUGUCGAAAGGAAAUUAUAGUAGGAUGGAAGACUCUAUUUAUAAUGCUAGUUUCAGUGAUGAUUUAG